AUGACGAACACCGAAGAUGAUGUUACAUCUGCUCGUGAUUAUACCGUCAUCGGAGACGAACUGUAUGCCCUGUUUAGGGAUCAGGGUGAUCUGCAAGCCCUCCAGCUAGCUAUUGGUCAUUACAACGCGGCCCUCACUGAAGAUGUCCUUGAUUCCCAAUGCAGCAGAAGCGACCAACUUUUAAAGCUGGGCACAGCACUAUCUCGACGUUUCGAUCUCGUUGGUGAUACUGCCGACUUGGACGUUGCCAUCGAUUGCCACAGUGUGGCCAUUGAACUUCAAACGCCGGAUAGUCUUGAUGUCCCCAUCAUGCACGUCAAGCAUGCUCAAAUGCUUAUGAAACGCUUUGCGCUCCACGUAAACCAGUCAGACAUUGAUCUCGCAAUUGAACAAUACGCAUGCAUCUCCAAUCAAACCGAUCCUGCACACGAAGCAUGGCUGGUUGCCCUCGCCGAUGCACUGGUCACUCGCUUUUCCCACUGGGGGGACUCAACUUCGAUGCCUCCAACGCACUCACUCACUUCUGUGCUUGGCAAUCUAUCCCUUGCGCAUUUCUUUCGCUACCAACAGGAAGGUGAUGCUCCAGAUCUCACAUCAUCCAUUGCCUACUCUACAGAAGCUCUCGAGAAGAUAUUCUCUGAGGAUCAAAACCGUUCCGUCUUGCUCAAUAACCUUGCGAACGGCUUACUUCUUCGCUUCAAAAAGCUCGGGGGCACUGAUGACUUGGAGCAAGCCAUCAAAUCCUAUGGUUCUGUCAUUGAACUAUGUCCACCGGGGCAUAAAGGGCGUCUCCAUGCCCUGAGUAAUCUUGCGAGUGCAAUAAUGACCCGUUACGAACUCCAAGCGUCUCUAGUAGACCUUGAAAUCUCCCUAAGUUAUUUCCUCGAAGCGCUCGAUAUCUGCCCCAAAAACCAUCCAGAUCGCCCCAUAUUGCUCGGUAACCUUGCGACUACUCUCCGCAAGCGUUUUCAACACACCGGUGACAUAAUUGACUUGGAAACAUCCAUCGAAAAUCAUUAUGAAGCACUACAUGCAUUGUCACCGUCUCAUCCCCAUCGCUCUGAUACAUUAUGCUCACUUGGCAACGCCCUCCAGUCCCGAUUUGCGUUUCAGGGGGAUCCUGGUGAUCUCGUUGCAGCUGUAGACCGCUACAGUGAGGCUCUCCACCUGCGACCUCCAUCAUAUCCAGAACGUGCUGACUUGUUAAACAACAUUGCCAACGUCGCUUUCAACCUGUUUAACGAACAGAGAAACCCUCGUAAUCUCGACCUGUCCAUCGAGAACUACUCUGAAGCGCUCCAGUUCAGCCCAGAAGGGUUUCGUCGGUCGUUGUUGCUUCACAAUCUCGCUUCAUCUCUUACGACGCGUUUCAUAUACCGCAAUGAUGCUAAGGACCUGGACCGGGCAUUGGAGCUAGGUGCUUCUGCAUUGGAACUACGUGAAAGAGGCCAUGAGUACAGAUUGUCCUCUCACGUCAUGCUAGCAAACGCAAAGGGUCUUAAAUACGAGCUUGAAGAGUAUUCUCGUAUCCACCUUCAUGCCUACUCUAAGGCACCGCAGUCCACAAACAACUUGGAGGAAGCAUUUCGGUACUUCAGAAGUGCAUCAACUCACAUAUCCGGAGGCUCGCUGCCAAAAUUCCGCGUUGCGUUACUAUGGGUCAAAGAGGCGGAGGUACACAAGCACCCAUCAGCACUGGACGCCCACCAGAUUGCUUUGAACAUGUUCGACCGCCACGUCACGACGAAGCCAUCCGUUGAAUCACGGCAUCGUAUAGUUCGUGAAUACGCACCCUCUUUGGCUGUAGAUGCCGUAUCGUGUGCUCUCAGACUUGGGUUGGCCACACUCGCCGUGGAGAUGCUGGAGCACGGACGAGGUAUUUUAUGGACAUACCUCGCGCGUUUCCGGACGCCACUGGAUGACCUGCAGAACGCUGGUGAACAUGGCUGUCAACUAGCACCUGAGUUUGUAAGGCUGAGCUCCCUUCUCGAAGACGCAGCGUGUGGUGCUGUGACUGAAGAGGGGUUACAGCACUACCGAAGUCUCCUCCGGGAAUGGGACGGUGUGGUAGAUCAGAUCCGGCUCGUAGAUGGGUUUGGCGACUUUCUUCUCGCACAGAGCUUUUCUAAGCUUAAGAAAGCCGCAAAGAAUGGACCAGUGAUCAUCACCAAUGCCAGUCAAUACUCCUGUGAUGCAGUGAUCAUCCAUCACGAGCACGAUCCAAUCCACAUCCCCUUACCCGACAUCAACACAUCUGAUAUCCUUCGAUUGUCUGAACAGUUCAGGUACUUUGCUACCAAUCGCGGCAGAGGACGCUCCGCAGAAAGGGAGCUUACUGAGUUACUACGUCAAACAUGGGACACUGUCGUCUUUCCUGUAGUCAAAACACUAGAAUCCUCUCUUCACCUUCCCCAAGGUUCAAGGAUAUGGUGGUAUCCCACUGGUCGUUUCAAUAGCAUCCCACUCCAUGCCGCAGCGCCGUUCCGGAGAGGCGAGAAAGGUCUGCCUAAUUACUAUAUUUCAUCAUACACACCGACCCUUUCUGCCCUUCUGCGGUGCCAAAAACCACGUCACGUUUCCAACGAUAAGACCCCGCCACGGAUCUUGGCAGUAGGACAGGCAGCACCCACUGGUGGUUUUGCAAAACUCGGGACGGUCGAUGAAGAACUCGAUUCGCUUCAAAGCAUCUUACCGCCCGUCAUGUCUAUGACACGACUGACUGGCGAGAGCGCAACACGUUCAGAGUCCCUCCGCGCUAUUCAUUCAAGCCCUUGGGUUCACCUUGCCUGCCAUGGGAAACAAGACGUGACUCGCCCUCUCAAGUCAUGCUUUGCCAUGAGCGAUGGACCUCUGGCGCUCUUGGACAUUGUUCGCGCACCAUCCGAUCCCGCAGAAUUUGCAUUCUUGUCGGCGUGCCACACCGCCGCUGGAGAUAAUAAAGCCCCGACGAAGUUGUGCAUCUCACUGCUGCGAUGCAGUUUGCUGGCUUUAGAGGAGUUGUUGGAACUAUGUGGGCUGUGGAUGACGCCGUCGUGGUCAAUAUGGUCUCGGCGUUUUACGAAGCCCUCCUCGAAAGAUCACCAGACGGACUAA